UGCUCACCACCAAUAAAGCGCUUUUUGUCCAGGCAGUCAGCACGAGCAUUCCUUGACGUGGAGGUCGGUGUAUCUCUCCAAGGAUUUGAUGAAGACCGUUCUUUCAAAGUUGAAUACGUUCACAGAAACUUUUUGUAAAGGCGCGUGCACACGGGAAAAACAAGAUUGUAUCGGUGAACUGCUCCGCUUGGAUAAAGGCACAAGCGCGGCUGCCCUCACAACUUUACUUCUUCGAAGUUCAGGGAAAAGAAGACCUUUAACCAAGAAAAGUGGAGCGAGAAUAGAGGAGGAAGUUUCUUCACUGGGCUGAGCAUGGAGAGACAAAGAGUCUCCACCAUGAAGGUCUUUCUCACUCCGCUGAUGCCCUUUCUACUCUUCUUCAUCCUUCCCGAUGGCACCUUGUCCAGCGAGUGCCCAGAGGACUGCGCCUGUUCCACGCCAGAAUCCAUCUUAUGUUUCCUGAGACGCUCCUCUACUAUCCCCAAGGGAGUGCCCCCAUCCACAAAAAGUCUCUACCUCUUUGCCAAUGGCAUUGAGAGCUUGACAACUGAGGACUUUGAUGGUCUGGAGAACCUGGAGAUGCUGGACCUCAGUCAAAACAAAUUGACAGAACUUACUGAUAGGGUGUUUGAACCUUUGAUCUCUUUGAGAAAUCUGGACUUGUCAUCCAACCAGAUCACCCACAUUUCAGAGGAAUGCUUCCAGGGUAUGGCACCGCUUGAGCGCCUUUAUUUGUAUAGUAAUCAUAUCGAGACCAUCCACCCUGCAGCCUUUAAUGGUUUAGAGCACUUGCUGGAACUCAAACUGCAGGGCAACCAGUUGACAUCCCUGCCUGCUCUCUCAAUGCCCCGACUACUGCUGCUGGACCUUCGCUUUAAUGUCUUACCCACCUUGGGUCCUUCAGACCUCCAGACCCCAAACCUGGAGUCGCUCAAAUUGGGUGGUGUGGGGCUCUCCAAUCUGAAUAAGGAGCUUAUGGGUAGUCUAAAGAACCUCCAUGAACUGGACAUCUCAGGAAACCAACUCGAGUCCUUCCCCUCAGCGCUAAUGGAGACCCAGGGGCUGAUUCAUCUCAGCCUGGCUGGAAACCCCAUGGGUCCUCUUAAGGUUCAGGACCUGCAGAACCUUGGAGAGCUGCAGGAGUUGGACAUUAGUAGCCUCAGUUUGCAGAGCCUCCCUGAAGAGUUUUCCCAGCUCUUACCCCACCUCAGAAAGCUCACAGUAGCAGAGAACCCAUUCAACUGUCUCUGUACAUUAGCAUGGUUCCCAAGAUGGCUGAGAGCCAAGAGCAUCACCCUGGAGAGAACAGAGGAGACCCGCUGCCAUUUCCCACCUAUCAAUGCUGGAAAGGUAAUGGAAAGACUGGAGCACAGGGAUUUUGGCUGUCCUACUACAACUACAGUCACCACUAGUACUGUCAAAACUACUACUACCCUGCCUGUUCCUGUCACCACCCUCCCGAGUACUACUAGAGCUAUUCCAGUCCCCAGGGCCAGUGACGACCCCACUAACAAAGAGAAUACAUUUCCCUUACCCCCUGUCCCCGCAUCCCCCAGUAGCAGCAGCAUCGACCCAGAUGGCGAGCAGCAUUUCUGUCCCCCUCACACCUGUGUGAAUGGGGGUACUUGUCGAUUGGACCAGCAUGGUCAGGUAGAAUGUAUCUGUCCACAUGGCACCUCUGGCAUGUAUUGUGAAGUCCAAAACCAUCACCCACCUUCACCACCUGAAGCUGACAUCCCCAUGGCAACGGUCAGUGUAGAUGCACCAGACAUCAGCUCACAUCAAGCAACCACAACCUCAGUCCUGCUGGACCUCCACCGCUACAUUGAAAUGCGGCCUUACAUCCGUGGAAUCCGCCUGACCUACCGCAAUCUCUCUGGGCCAGACCGCAGGCCGAUUCAACUCAGCCUGCCAGCAUCCUUCCCAGAGUACAGACUCAGAGGUCUGAAGCCCAACUCCACCUACACUGUGUGUGCCAGUCCACUAGGUGCACCUAGUGGCACAGACAGGGUCUGUACUGAGGCCCAUACGGCUGCUGAAAGUGUCAGGGGCCAUGAUGCACAAUUUGACGACCAGAGGCUGACCACGAUGCUGGUGCCUGCAAUUGCCAUUUUGCUACUGCUGGUACUGAUAGCAAUAGCAGUGGGAGUGGUAUGCUAUCUUCGCAGGAAGAGGGCCAACGGCCACCUGGACCUAGACUGUGAGCCCUCCCAGCUAGAGUUGGAUGGAGUGAAGGCUGAUAUGGACAAUGGGGCACUGCCUCAAAAACAGCCACAACUUAUGGUCCCUGAACCUGUUGUUCAGAAUGGCAAUCUGGAAUAUGAGGUGUUGCUACUACAGGAUCACUGUACAUCAAAUAACAAUAUGACUUCACACAAGCCUUCCUACUUUUGACACCUUUGACCCAAAUGAGGAUUUUAACUAUAUACAUAUAUACAGUGUUUUCCCCACUGUUGAAAGAGCAGCAGAACAGCAAAUGCUUUUGUGAAAGUGGAGGACACAGUAUCAACCAGUCAACAAGCGAAGGAGAAACUGGACAUAUAUUUAACUAAAGGCCCAUUGGUUGUCUAAGUAGACAUUAAACAAGUUCAAAAACAUUUGUCUGGACUUUAAAAAACAUUGAAAGUGCCUCUACUCCAUUUACAUGCUUUAUUCUGCUUCAAUAAUAUUUCUUCAUUCACAUUGCUGGAAUGGCAACGUCUCAGCUCACAUGAGUCAAUGCUGGGACUGAUGGUGUGUUGUCAUUGGCUGAAACCUAGGGCUAAGGGACAUACGGACCUCAAGCCCUCCUUUAUCUGUUCAUAAAGGAGAGUGCACUGAAAUGGGGUUGUGCUGCCCUUUCCCCAUCACAACAGCCCAACUAAACACUAUCAGCAAUUGUUUUUGCUGCAUGUUGUAACUCCUCAGUACUACCCCAAAAGGGAUCAGUGCUUUCUGUGAAUGACCUUUAAGACACCAAAUGAAGUUGUGCAGAGAAAAAUGCUUCAUGCUUGUAUUGCUUUAUUUGGCUCUAAAACACUUUUUUUGUUUUGUAUGUAUGUUUUUUUUUUUAUACCCGUGUCUUUAUGUUAAUUUGUAUUGUGCAACAUUGUGACUGUUAACAGCCCUUUAUACCUUCCACCCCCACCUCUUGUGACUAACAGACAAAACAGCAGAUUAAAAUCUUUGAAGAUUAAAAUUCGUUUGGUACCAGCAAAGUCAAUCAAAGGGCUUUGCCCCCAGAAUGUCAGACAGUCUAAGUAGAUGUGAGUCUGGACAGGCUCAAGACUAAAUCCCCCUUCUCUUACUGAAGCCCUCAGCCUGCUUUGCCAUCACAAAGGAAGAAGGUAAGCAGGAUUGCAAAAAGGUACUGUACAGAGAGAAGCAGUUGACUAAACCACUUCUGUUUCAGUGCUGCACUGAGUUUCAACCAGUGUAGAGCUUGACUUAAUUACAGUAAGCACACACAUGACUAUACUAAAGCAAAAGAGAACUUCAGAGACAUUAUUUAUUAUUUAUAUUCCCUGGAAGGGAAACUCAAUUUUAUCCCUCAACUACAAUUCACAUACACCAUACUACUUGGCCAGGCCCACAACAAGCAAAGCAAAUAGUGGUUGUGUAUUGUGUUUCCCAUGAGUAAAAAUAGCCUGCUUGGCGUAAUGCUGUGCACAAUUUCUCUUUGGCAUGAAGGGUCCCAGUUUUGCUCACUUGCACCUAACCAGUAUGGUAAAGCCAGAUGCACAAGAGAAGCACACUCGAUAGUGUUUAUAUUGUUUUGUUGAGGACAACGUGAUGAGAUCCAAAUCUGUGAAUUUAGGGUAACGAAGGACUCAAAGUAGCCGUGUGUGUGUGUGUGUGUGUGUGUGUGUGUGUGUGUGUGUGUGUGUGUGUGUGUGUGUGUGUGUGUGUGUGUGUACUGUAGAUCUGUCAACUUCAGUUAUAAUGCAAGUAUGUGUUCUGUCUUGUGCAAAGACCUGCAGACAUCAAGCUACUAUCAGUAACUCCUUCUAUCUGCCUGCAUGGAGUACAUUAAGCCCCAAACAACACUACCUUUAGACAAACACACCAAAGACACAAAUGUGAAUGUCUGUAAUGUUACCUACCUACAGUAUUCCCAGCACACAAUUAACAGUUCCCUGCUGACAAGAUGCCUCGAGAACCCAAACAAACAAUCAAGCAAUUUAACUGGAAUUAUUGUCUGUAAAAUAGAAUACAUUGAAGAUAGCCAAAAGUAUUUUCGGUGUGAUUGUUAAUUUUUCCCUGUUUAUUUUGGGAAGCUCUUUGUUGUCAUUCAUUGAUUUUUUUUAAUUCUGUAAACAUUAUUUGUGAAAAAAAAGUGAUGUUAUCAUUAAAUGAAUAUCCAAAAAUGAAA